GUGCUGCGGUGAAGUAUUUAGAGCAGGGAGCGCUAGUGAAGCUUUUCCAGUGUGAACGCCGCAGCUAACCUGUUUGGAGUGUGCUGUCAAUCCCGCUUCCCCUCCUCCUUCCCGUAGCGUCGUGUGCUCUCACUUUCUCUCUUUCCCUUCCCCGGGCAUUUCUUGUAUUUUUCUCGGACAGUUUACGGAGAGCUCGUCAGCCGACAGUAUGUCUGGAGAGACCGCCAGUGCGCCCGAGUACUCCGCCUUCUUCGCUGUCAUGGGGGCUUCGUCUGCCAUGGUUUUUAGCGCCUUGGGAGCAGCCUACGGUACGGCGAAGAGCGGAACAGGUAUUGCCGCGAUGUCUGUAAUGAGGCCAGAGUUGAUUAUGAAGUCCAUCAUUCCUGUUGUCAUGGCUGGUAUCAUUGCCAUCUAUGGUCUUGUAGUAGCAGUCCUUAUUGCAAACUCUCUGACGCAAACUAUCACGCUAUACAAGAGCUUCCUUCAGUUGGGUGCAGGCCUCAGUGUAGGCCUGAGUGGUCUAGCUGCUGGCUUUGCCAUUGGUAUUGUGGGAGAUGCCGGAGUGCGGGGUACAGCACAGCAGCCUCGACUAUUCGUGGGAAUGAUCCUGAUCCUCAUUUUUGCUGAAGUCCUGGGUCUGUACGGCCUUAUUGUGGCUCUUAUCCUGUCUACAAAAUGAAGAAUUCCACCUUUUCCCAGUUCGCCUGUUAUCCAAAAGUCAACACUUGCAAAUAAUGGUUUUAUCUCAUGUGUACAGUCAUCCUACACCCUCUACCCCCAACUCAAUAUUUUCUCCCCCCACUUUACCUGCGCAGUUGUAAGUUAGUGACUGUUGUGUGUAAUCCCUUUAGCUAUUUCAUCAAUUGGACUUCAGGGCAUUAUCAGUCCUGACAACCUGUGGGUCGGAAGCGGCCAUCGCUUCUUCAACCCUCGCCUGACUCCUCCUUCCUCUGCGUACAGUUUUUUUCCAUUCCAUCCGAUUGUUUCCGAACAAGUUCCAUGUAUAAAUAUGAUCCUAGAACUGUAAUUUCCCCUUUACACUUCAAUGUUUUAUUUAUAUAAAAAUGUAUUGUUCAUACUUCUCAAAAAAAGAGCCAGCUUUUUUUUCCCCCUCCCUUCUGUAACCUCUCGGUCUCUUUGCUGCGUAUAUAUUUAAUCUUUAGCUGUAUCUGUGUGGGAUUUCCUUGUAAGUGCUGAGAAUUCCCUGGAUGUAAUAAUUUGGAUUAAGAUUGCUGUAUUGUUCAGAUAUUGGAGUGAGGUCUCUCUUUAUAGUUAUAUAUUUUUGUUUUAAUACAAAAAAAAAAUUAAAUUCCAGUCUGUGUUAACUGGUGACCAGAACAAAAUUUUAAAAGCAAAACCUGCACAUGUAUGGUAAAGUUACAUCUGCUGCUGGGGUUCAGUUACAGAUUUCCAAAUAAAACAUCUCCAAUCCAA